AUGGUCACGAAAUCUAGCUUGGUGAGUCCAGGACUGAAUCCAUCCACUCACCUGCACCAAAACGCAUUCAACACAACUAUGAAUCCCAGCCAUGACAUUGCCGAGCACGCAUCCUGCACAACCUGCACCUUCGCCGAACGCGUUCCCCAGCUCGCAAAUCAGAACCUGGGUUCUGCCGAUGGAGGGAUGAUAGUCUACUACAUCUCCCCUGACAACAAAACCACGGAUAUCACCGCUUUCAAGCCUGGGUUCCGCAUUUUCGCCGGCACAGCAGAGCAGCGCGUCAAUAGCUCGUCGAGUUCUGUGAAUUUGUACAGAUGUUAUGACAGCUAUGACGCCAGCAUGAACUUCAACCAGAACCCGAUGGGUGUCGCUGCUACUGAUACCCUAGAACUACCUAAUAAGUUUUGUGCUGGAGGGAUUCUCGACCUCGACAGUCCAGAUCUCAAAAGUCACGUUCCCUGCCCAGCCGGCGCGGAUUGCACCUCAAAGCACCCUGUUCAGCUCCCACAGAUAUUCAUCGAGACAAUCUGGGAUACAGGGAAAUUCAAUAAAUCUCCCUGGGCCCACUGA